GGAACACAAUCCACAUAUACAUUCAUCAUGCGUUGUAUGGUAUUCUUGUGCCUUUUGGCUGUGGCCCUCGCCCUUCCUGUAGCAGAACCCGAGGCGGAUCCUCAGUUCCUCCUUCCUCACUCCCUGAACUACUUCAACCCUUUCGUCCACUCCAUCAACGCCGGCGAUUCCCACCUCUAUUCCUACCCAUAUGGGCAUCACCUCGCAUACGGCCACAGAUACCCACUCGCUUAUGGUCAUGGGUAUCCCCUUACUACCGGCUAUGGAGCAGCCUACCCCCUGGGAUACCCUUACUCGUACCAUGGCCACCGAGCUCUCGGUGGCCAUGCUCGUACCCAGUUGUUAAGACAGCUGCUAUCGAUGAAUAGACACCUGGAAUCGUUAUGGAAUCCACCGAUCAGAGCAUUCUUAGGGGAAUACUGA